AUGACUCGGGGACUAAAUGGAUCGGAGGGAGGGCGAAAUCUUCUCGACUCGACCAACACCAUCGUCGGAUCCCAAUUUCCAUAUAACAAAUCCAUCAGCUCUAUCACUCCUUUACUCUACCUCUACAUUAUGCAGGUUGUUGAAGACGACCCAAAACCACAGGCAGACGCGAGUGGCGAGACAUCUUCCCAUUCGUGCGAUCAAACACCGGGGCAAUCCAACCUUCCAGACUUCACAUGGCUACAGAUGAAUCACGAUCGUCACGUUCAUUCAGAGUCUGCACUCAUCCCCGCUAUUCCCAUCCACGUCAAAGAUUUUGAGCGAAGCGAUAUUCGCGCCAACUUGAUCUAUGCACCAUCUAAUCAUCUAUACAAGUAUUUCGAGCACGCGAGCCCGACCACGAUCCCGGAAGCGGCGGUCCAAGUGAAGACAGAAAUACCAGAGUCCCAGAUGGCUGGGAAUAGUUCACCUUGA